CUUCCGACACGCUUAGACGCUAUGGCCUCGACUUCCCACUCCUCGAUCGGCGCCAAGUCCAUGUCAUCCGUCUCCUCCCGCGCCACGACCGCCACUGCCGCCGCCGCCGCCGCCGCCUCCGCCAUCGUCGUUGCCAGCCUCGUCGCCGCGCCGCCGCCCGACUUCUCCGCCGCGCUCACCGCCCUGCAGUCCGUCUUCGACAUCGACCGAUUUGACAGGUUCAUAGCGCUGUUCGGCGUGUGGCCCAACAAGGAGAUGGUCCUGGCCGGCGACUACGCCGGCUGGUGCAUCACGACCCAGUGCCUCGACCAGGCCUUCCAGCUCUCGCGCUCGGAGCUGCGGCUCGGCAGCUUCUCCAUCUCCGAGGCGUUCGUGGGCGACUUCUCGCCGAUCCGCUACGCCUUCUCGCUCCUGGUCGCCGCCGUCCUGGGCAACUUCUUCAUGUGGACCACGGGCAUCAUCGCGCGCCUCCUCUUCACCCACUUUGACGCGUCCAAGUGCAGUCUGCCGAGCCAGCUGCCGUGGCCCGACCCGCCCGGCCAGUCGCAGCCGUUCGACGUGCCGGUGAUGGAGGCGAGCGAGGAGCAGGUUGCCCGCUUCCUGGCCUUCCGCGGCGUCGCACCUCCGGCGUCCGACGCGGCGCGGCGCGAGACGGCCGCGCGCGAGGCCAUGGCGUACAUGCAGGAGCUGUGGGAUGCCAAGCACAGCGGCUGGUGCCACAAGCGCUACGCGCUCAACGAGAAGGGCCUCGCCUUCCCGUACCGCGCGCCCUUCAUGAACGACUGGAACUUCGUCAACGAGCACUCGCCCAGCCUGGCCACCGUCGGCUUCGGGCAAGUCGUUUUUGCGCUCGAGCAUUUCCUCGUCGGCACCGCGCUCCCGCUGCUCUACCUCUUCCGCCGCGACGACUCGAUCUUUUACUUCGUCAUGUACGCCGACAUGGCGUGGGAGACGUACGACAUGCUCGCGAUGUUCUACCGGCGCCUGUCGCCGACGGGCGCCGACUACACCAUCUCGCGCUACAACAAGGCGAUCGACAACGUGAUGGUGCCGCACCACAUCUUUGGCGUCGGGUUCGAGAUGAUGGCGCUCAUGGCGGGCCCGGGCAUCUCCAAGGCCUUCAUGGCGCAGGUGCUCAUCACGAACCACUUCUCGGGCGGCAUGAUGCUCCUCGCGAUGGCGGUCCACCAGACGCCCGCCAUGUCGUGGCCAAAGGCGCUGCUCAACUUCCAGCGGCUCGUCCUCGGCUCCCUCUACGCCACCCGCAUCGUCUGGUGGGGGCCGAUGUCGGUGGCGUGCCUUCGCCUCACCUACAUCUAUACUGGCGACUUCCCGGACUACAUUGCUAGCCUGGGCCUGCGCGGCCUGGGCUAUGAGUACCCGCUCCUCUCGCCAAUCUUCCUGGCUGUGUUUGUGCUGCUGGUCUUCUACACCCACUUCAAUCUCGAUCUCGUGCAGGUCAACAAGAAGCUGCUGCGCAAGGCCGAGGGACGUGCCGCCGCGGCAGCACGCGGCCGUGGGAUGUAAGCAGCGUGGCGUGUCUGCUAGAGGCACGUGUGUGUUAGAGGCGUGUGCUUUGGCGUGCUGGAUGCGCUCUCUCUCCACUCUCCUGUCGUCUUUUGUGUUUUGUCUAUUGAUAUUAUGACCCCCUCCGGCCUCGG